GCUCGGGCGGCUCUCCCGCCAGCAGCCAGGAAGCAAGCCGCAGCCGCCACGUCCUGGCAGAGCCGGCGGCCGGGGCUUGGAGCGAGCCCGGGGCGCCGUGGACAGGAUUUGGAAAGUAAUGCAACAGAACACUUUUGAAGAAAGCAGAUACCCCUGGCAGGAAUCGUUUGAAAAUGUCAGUGCCUGCAUGCCCUUCCGUUGCCCACGAUGUGGGGACCACACCAGAUUCCGGACCUUGUCGUCCCUGAGAGCUCACCUCGAAUAUAACCACAGCUAUGAAGAAAGAAGCCUCCUAGCAAAAUGCAAUCUCUUUUCUUCCUUCAAAGAUGUAGACCUGAUCUCUGCUUCCGAGCCCCUGACGCAAGGCAUGCUUGGGGACAGCGCCAGUAUCAUGAAACCAAAGCCCCCCUACCUAAGCUUCUGCGAUGCAGCCCACGAAAACACAAAGAACAGGAAGCCGUUGGAAGUGGAGGCAGAGCAACCCGCAUCAUUUGGGACAAAUUACAGGAUGGGUGAUUCCAACGACGAGCUCCUUUCAAAACCGAGUCUGGCAACCAUUGACUCCAAAGCUUCGUUUGAGGCCCAUGUGAGAGAGAAAUUCAACCGAAUGGUGGAAGCGGUGGAUAAAACGAUCGAGAAGCGGAUCGACAAGCUUACCAAAGAGUUGGCUCAAAAGACUGCCGAAUUGCUGGAGGUUCGAGCGGCCUUUGUGCAGCUUUCUCAGAAGAAACAAGAAGUGCAGAGGCGUGAGCGGGCGCUGAACAGACAGGUGGAUGUCGCAGUGGAAAUGAUUGCAGUGCUGAAACAACGCCUCACGGAGUCUGAGGAAGAGCUCCACAGAAAGGAAGAAGAAGUAGUUACAUUUAAUCACUUCCUAGAGGAAGCUGCCGAAAAGGAGGUCCGCGGCAAAGCAAGGCUCCAGCACUUCAUUGAGAAUCUGCUGCAGCGAGUUGAUCUGGCAGAAAAGCAGCUGGAGUAUUACCAGAAUCAGCAGAUCAUGGCCAAUUAUAGUGAUGUCAAUGAACACGUGUUUACAGACAUCUCAUCCAGUAAGAAACCCCGAUGCCUCAGGCGGGGAAGCCAGCACGCUUUUUAUAGCAGCCCUGAUGCAAAACCUCACCCUUUUCAGAAGGGAAGACUGCACCUGAAGAAAACCAAGGAGGACAAAACGGGGGCCCAUCCAGUUAAACUCUUUUAUGAACCUGUUGACUGCUCAAGGGAGCUUUGGAGACCUCUGAAGAAAGGGGAAGCACCAAAUGUUGCCCGAAAGGUUAAUGCAAAGUCAAAGAUCAGUAAAAAAAGCAAACAACUCUAUUGAGAAUCUAUAUAGGAAUAUAUUAUAUAUCUAUUCUAUCUAUAUAUAUAUAGUGCAAGAACUGGCAGCCCUGGGCUACCACAGAUAGAUAUUAAAUCACAUCCAUUGUCUAAUUGCUGUAUCUUUCCCUAUUCAUUUGGGCUACAAUGAAAUAUUUAAUAGAUAAUCAUCAAUACGUAAAUAGAGAAGACUAAUUGAACUGCCUCAUUUCUAGGACUUUGGUCGUCUACAUGAGGUGCUGCUUUAUUUUUGCAAAAACGUUAUUUAAAUUAAAUACAACAUUUCACUGUGCACACAUUCCUGAUCUGACAGACAUUCGUUUUAAAAGUCUGUUCUGUUGAUUUGACUCACGGGAGUUCCUUCCAUCGGCACCUUGAUGAACGAGUUUUGGGGAGCUUUGGGCUUGGAUGGGAUUAGAGACUGAUCCUGUCAUCCUCAAUGCACUGAAUGCCGAGUGUCUCCUUUUGCUUUCAGGGCAAAACAGCAUAGUGGCAUUUCUUGACGUACAGUCAGCUGUAAGGGGUUUGUCUCCCCUCUCCCCUGCCACUGCUGCUUCCUCCGAUCACCCAGGACAGGCGGUGGGGAGGAACCAUUUGACAAUGGCAGCCGACAGCAACAGAGAAGCAGAUACUGUCAUGGUCCCGAUCCCGGUGCUGGGAGAAAAACAGAUGCCUUUUAAGUUGAGCAAAAGACAGUGUGAGAGCAUCAGGGCUGCCUUUUACUCAGAGAGUAUAGUGGGAGAAAUUCAUUCUGUUUUUUCAUUCAGCAGCACAUUUACUCCUGUGGUACAGACAGCACUACAGUAAAGCACUAUAGUAAUUAUUUCUGUGCCUUGGAGGAUCAGCGCAAAUGCAGCCAUUUAUUUUUAUUUAUAUCCCCUUUUUUGAAAAAUACCACCCUUUUUCAUGGUGCUCAGAAUGAUAUAAUGGUGGAUUGCCACUUUUUAUUCUCCAGUCUUGGGCUGAUAAAGAGUGAUUGGACCAAAGUUGUUCAUUGAGUGUCAGAGCAGAGUGGGGGAUUUGAACUCAGGUCUCCUUGUUCCAUGACGUAACAUUCUAUCCAAGGUAUGACACUGUAUACCUUAGAGGAGAAGUCUUCAACCUUUCCUGACACAAGAUUUGCGUUUAACUCCCAGGGGUAGCCUGGGACCUACUGAGCUACAAGCACAUAACAGGAAGUUGUAUGUCAUCACAGUCAUGUGACAGGAAGAUCAAAUGAUAUACAAUGUAGGUUGCAAUCUGAACAGUGCCUUGGAGACUUAGUUUUCUAAGUGGGAUAUAAGGGUAAUAAAGAUGGUGCCAGAAUUCUUCCCUAGUAUAGCAGCCCAGAUUCGAGGCAGUAACAGAAGUUCCAUGUCCGAGGAAGAGCUCUACCUCACCUGUAGCCCAUGGAUUGGGGCCUGUUUAGCCAAAAUAGUCAAUGCUCAAAGUCUCAUUUUAUGAUCUGAAUGCGGACAGUACAUCAGCCUUUCUGAAGCUAGGCAGGCCUGGACAUGGGAACAUUUGGGAAUCCUAGGGAGACAGCCUUGGGCUCGGCGAGGCAGAGGUGUGAUAGAAUACAUUCAUUUUUUUGCUUGCAUCAUCAUCAUCACUAUUAUUAUUGCACUUGAUGGGCAGGAUCAUCAAGGAGCCUCUUUAAGAUAAGUUGGUCUCAGACUUUUUAAGGCUUAAAAAAAAACCUUUUUACUGCACAGAAUUGUGCUGAGGGAUGCCGGGCCCAACUAACAUCCCCAAUGCCAAGCAGCCGCUAGAAUUCAGUUGAAUGCUGCCCAGCACUGAAGGAGCCCCCCCCCCACACACACACACAUUCCCUGGCCAUACAGCAAAUAAGUGGCUGGCUUAGGCAAACUCCAUCAAUAGCUGCCUCAAGGUGCUUGCUGAGUUUUUUUGUGCCCAUC